CAACUCUUCUCCGUGUUGAUCAAAACUAGCCCUAACCACCAACCUCAACCUCAACCUGCCUCCCUCCCAAUCAACCAACAAUGACCACCAUCCAGAAAGUCGCCAUCUUCGGGGCAUCGGGCAAUUUUGGCACUCCGAUUACUGCUGCCCUGCAACGCGCCGGCUUUGCCAUCACCAUCAUCAGCCGCACCGAUUCCACCUCGACGUUCCCUUCCGGCCUGCCUGUCAUCCGUACCACCUACACUCUCGAGAACCUGACCAACGCCUUGGCGGGCCAGGAUGCCGCCAUCUGUGUUGUCGGUCCAGGCGGCAUUGGCGCCCAGGUCACCAUGAUCGAAGCCGCCGAGGCUGCUGGCGUUAAGCGAUUCAUCGUCGAUGAUUUCGGCUGGGGUCCGGAAUACCCCAAUUUCCCCGAGUUCAACGCCAUUCACGCUCAUCGUCGCGCUGGGUGGGAGCUCGCCAAGGCCAAGGCGCAGGCCAACCCCAACUUCACCUUCACCGGAAUCACCUCGGGCAAUCCGAUUGAUUGGGCAAUGAAGCGCUUUCCGCUGAUGGGCUUCGACAUUGCCCGCGGCACUGCCAUCAUUUACGACUCCGGCACCGAGAAAUUCACGGCCACCACCCUCGCGGGCAUUGGGCAGUCCGUCGUCGGAGUGCUGCAGCAUCCCGACGAGACGGCCAAUCGGUUUGUCAAGGUCAUGUCAAUCAUCACCAACCAGAACGAACUGCUGGAGGCCUUUCAGCGCGCCACGGGCCGGCAGUGGCCAGUGCAGCACGCCUCGGCGCAGCAACUGAUCGAGAACGGACAGAGGAAGUUCCAGGCCGGCAUGGGGGGCUGGGUGUUGGAGUUGGCGGUCGCGCAGCUGUUCGAUGAAGGGCAGGCCCGGUGCGUCAUGGCGCCAUCUUGGGAGGCAUCGGAUGCACCCUUGGUGGGCGUGGCAAAGGAAAGUCCGGACGAGGUCGUCGCCAAGGUGUUGCAGAUGUAAGACUAAGCAAUGAGACUGGGUCUUGGCAAUGAAAUGGCCU